AUGGAAUCAGAGACCUUCUCCAACAAGAUUCUUCUCUUCCAGGAGAACAGGAAGACACGAGUUCUGUGGGUGAAAGAAGUGCACUGGGAUAUAGAAAAAUGUGGGAUCACGGCAGAAAAAAUUGUGAACAAGCAGAUAUUUAGGAAAAAGGUUGUGGAGGUGAAGGAUUUCUUCGAGGAGAAAACGAGGAAGAACAGAGCAUUCUCGGCAGAAAGACGUGCACGAUUGCAAUGUGGACACCGCCUCCCACACACGCGGCGUCUGGCUCAAAAGGCAGCAGUGCGUCAUACACCGCAGGUGAGCAGGCGUGCAGCUGGUGAGCGGCUGACCGCCCAGGUGAACCGACAGUGUCUCCUGAACGGCCAUUCAGCCAGCAUUGCCGUGUACGGGCCUCCGCAGCAGGUCCCUGACCGAUGCACCAGUACUGGCUGCUGUUCGUCGGCGACGAAGGCUGGAAUUUGCCCACCAGUACCCCAACUGGACGCCAUAAAUCCACCAAUGAACCAGCUACUAUGGACGCUCAAAUAUUUUGUCUCUCGUAAUUUCCUUUUGUCAUUGGAGACUUCAUUGGUACUGGCAAGGGGACAACCAGCAGGAUUAUUAACACUGGAUAACAUGCACAAGAGACAGUUUUAUUAAUCAUAUC